GUUUCACUAAAAUUAGAUGCAUUCAAAAUAUUCAUCUCAAAAUGAAAAACUGCUUGGCAUUCAAAGUUCUUUACAUUUCAUUACAUGGCUGAAAAUAGACUCUCUCUGUGGGGAAAUUGUAGAUCUCACAAACUUUAUGCAAAUGUAUUAUUUUUUUAAAUGAAAGUGACCAGUUUCUAGAGCAAAAAACAAAGAACUAUCCUGAGUGACAUUAACUCAUUUGUUCAAAUGAAAGUUGCCUUCGCAUCAAGAAGAUGUCAUAUGUCUGAUGAAACACUAACCUUCUGUCAAAUGCAGAAAAUCAAGUUGGACUGUACUAAAAUCAUUCAAACCAAGAUAGCCAGAAAUGUAAUGGAAAAUGUCAGUCAACAACUAUUGUGAACUUAGCGCAUCUCUCACUAAAGUAAUUGAAUUUGAGAAAUUGUUCCAACUGACCAUAUCAACCCAUCAGAGUUUUCUGAGCUUUCCAAGGCUAUUUCUAAUUUUAAUUCUAAUAAUGACUAAUUCGGUCAUUGAACUUCAUUUAUUAACAAUGAGGUGAACGCGUUAGUGCCAGUUAUGUACUUGAUACCAUCACACUAGCACAACUACAAAAUCGCAGAUGACAAAAUAUUCUUGGUCCUUCUUUAACCUUCUAUCUAGAUGUAUACCAAAGCUCUUAACAAAGCAAAAUAUAGAGCUCCUAUCCCAGUUACUGCUCUGAUAAAUAACAGCUUUGGUGUCUAGUUUCCUAUUUCAUUUUUGGAACUCAGUACCCUAUUCAUUUUUUUCCAACUUCAGCAGCCAGUCAUGAUUCUCAUACUUCAGCAGAAGCUUUGCAUGAGCAAAGCAAGUAGCAUUUGACCCCAAAUAUCUACUUAAACUAACAGUACAAUCUUACACCUCUCGGUUGAGAAACCUGGAGCCCCAUUUAAAACUUGGGGUGUGGGUGGUUUGGAGUGGCUCAGCCCUGAGGCAGGCUGAUGAACUCAGUGCAGUUUAACUGCUGCUCACAACGCAGAAGAAAAAAGACGGAUCAUUUCAUUCUCUUUGGGUUGAAUCUUCCUCAUCUUACCCAUCACGCGAGCGCUCCCAUUAAAAUUGCAUGAAUAAGAUGAGUAGGAUGUGGUGAAUCAUAAUGCUUUAACUAUUUUUAAAAAACUGUUUGCAAUCAUAAAUUAAUAAGAGCUUGCUGUACCUAGCAAGCAGGAUUGUGUCUGUGAUGAAAAGCUGUAUUGUCCCAGGGGGAGCUUUGGGAGGGAUUGUGCCUUGGGUACAAUCCCUCAGAGAAGCACAAGGGAGAGCACAUCUGUUGUACUAUCCUUUUGUGCUCCUACCCUACACCAACCAGUGGAGUUGGCUGGGAGCUGCCGGUCACCUUUCUGUAUCUCCUCCAUGGAGUGACUUGUGACCACAGAGGCACUGAAACCCUGUAUCUAGAGGAGUGUAGGGGCCAUGACAGAGGGAGGGAGGCUUCUUGUGACAUCUUCUCCCCCUCCUCCCCAAAUAAACCUUUGUGCUCUAAACAGGUACAAACUGACCCUAAGCAGUUACACGUGUGGACUUAAAGAUUACAAGAUGUAAAAAGUGGAUGGUCCAUAUUCUGUUCUUGUUCUAUACAUGGAACUCCCAUUGGCUUCGGUGGGUGCUCCUUUUAUAGAUUGACAGGAAAUGGGUCAAAAGGAGAUGGAAAAAGCUUUUUACCUGCCAACCCCAGAGUUCAGGAUGUGUUGUUUCUCCUGCAGCAGUUGAUGACAUCCUAACACCUUAAGCAGCACAGGAGCUGCAUUCCUACGCUGUAACAGGGGAAGCAGAACCAAGGGCCUGAACUCAGGUCUUGGCAGCCUCACUGUUAGGAAUGAAGAUAGAGGGGACAAUGCAGGAAGGCCAACACAUACAACCAAAAUGGAGAGUAUCCAGGUCAUAGAGGAAUGCCAAAACCCUACUGCAGAUGAAAUUAUGUCUUGGGCUCAGAAUUUUGACAAGAUGAUGAAAACACCAGCUGGUAGGAACCUUUUCAGAGAGUUUCUUCGAACAGAGUACAGCGAAGAGAACCUACUUUUCUGGCUUGCGUGUGAAGACCUAAAGAAGGAACAGAACAAGAAAGUUAUUGAAGAAAAGGCGAGGCUUAUAUAUGAAGAUUAUAUUUCUAUACUUUCACCAAAAGAGGUUAGUCUUGAUUCUCGGGUGCGAGAAGUGAUCAACAGAAACUUGUUGGAUCCCAGUCCUCACAUGUAUGAAGAUGCCCAACUUCAGAUAUACACCUUAAUGCACAGAGACUCUUUCCCAAGGUUUUUGAACUCUCAGAUGUACAAGUCUCUCAUCGAAAGUACUGUAGGCUCUACUUCUGAAACUUAGUUCUAAUUUUUGGAUAAAAUAAUUUGGGGUUUUUUG